AGAAAGGUUUGGCGACGGUGGUGCUUGUGGAGAGAGACGGCUGGGGCUUGGAGUAGCACCACUGAAGUGCACCAGUCGUUCCUAUCAAUUUUCGAAUUAUUUCCCGUGGCUCUGGUGAAUAACAAUUAUAGCAUGCAAUGACUUUGCACUCGUGGAUACAUCAUCCGCUUUAGAUUAUUUGCUUGGUUUAUUAUUUUUUUCGUUUUAGGUGAAUGGCGAGGAUACUUGAGGUACAAUCGAGAGUGAGUGGUUUUGGCCAUAUGUGUUGCUGCAAUAUGGUAUGCAACCUAAAGGCUUAUGGAAUAUAGCCAGAUUUCUCACAAUCUGUAUGCGUUCUCAUUCAGCCCGGUUAAAAAUAAAUUAUUUCUGCUCGGCAUCAUGUUUUUACUCUGGGUAUAUAUGCUUUACUCCUGCGUGGGCUACUGUGCCACCAUGCCAAAUUUGGUCGUGGACAAUAACCGGGGAAAGGAGACUGGGACGGGGUCCGUGGUAGGUAAAAGGACCGAGAAUAACGCCAGAGCGGACCUCAUGUCCAGACUACUCCCUAGACUCCCACCCUGGGUGGAUAUAGAAUCCGAUUACGACGAACCAUCCGUCCGGACCUCCUCCAGAGACCUGCUCAAUAAAGAGGUAGACGCGUACAGAGGAGUUGAGGACUGGGGUGAGAUGAGGGGUGAGGGGCAGAGAGCUCCUGAACCCGGUGCGAUGUCAAGUUUCUCCAACGACUUGGGGAGCAAGAAACUGCCGCAGGCGAUCAUCAUCGGGGUAAAGAAAGGAGGGACGCGCGCGCUACUCGAGUUCCUCCGCGUACACCCAGACAUCAGAGCGGUGGGAGCCGAGCCGCACUUCUUCGACCGCAACUACGAGAACGGACUGGAGUGGUACAGGGAGCUGAUGCCCAAGACCCUGGAGGGCCAGAUCACCAUGGAGAAGACCCCCAGCUACUUUGUGACCAGAGAGGCCCCAGCCCGGAUCUCCGUCAUGUCCCGGGACACCAAGCUGAUUGUGGUGGUGAGGGACCCCAUCACCAGGGCCAUCUCUGACUACACACAGACGCUGUCCAAGAACCCAGACAUUCCCACCUUCGAGAGCCUGACCUUCAAAAACAGGACUACGGGGCUUAUCGACACAUCCUGGAGCGCCAUCCAGAUCGGCAUCUAUGCCAAGCACCUGGACAACUGGCUGCAGUACUUCCCCAUGGGCCAGAUUCUGUUCGUGAGCGGGGAGCGUCUGAUCAGCGACCCGGCCGGAGAGCUGGGCCGGGUGCAGGACUUCCUGGGACUCAAGAGGAUCAUCACAGACAAACACUUCUACUUCAACCAGACCAAGGGCUUCCCCUGCCUCAAGAAGGCUGAGGGCAGCAGCAAGCCCCACUGCCUGGGCAAAACCAAAGGGCGGACCCACCCCAACAUCCACCCAGAGGUGGUGCAGAGGCUACGGGACUUCUACAGGCCUUUCAACAUGAAGUUCUACCAGAUGACGGGACAUAACUUUGGUUGGGAUUGAUGGAUGUGAAUUUGGGAGAACACAUUGUUUAUUUUCUUCUCUGUAAUUCAAUGAAUGGCAAAUAAGACAUGGGAGAUGUUGCUAUAUAUAUAUAUAUAUAUAUGUAUGUGUGUAUAUAUAUAAAUAUGUAUAUGCAUAUAUAUAUAUAUAUAUAUAUAUAUAUAUAUAUAUAUAUAUAUAUAUAUAUAUAUGUAUAUGCAUAUAUAUGUACAUGUAUGUGUGUGUGUGUGUGUGUGUAAAAUGUACAGAAAUCUAUUUUAUAAUAAUUUAUUUUUUAUUUCUAAGCAAUUAAUUCACUAAGCUGCCUAACCAUAUAUGUACAUGCAUAAUAUCUGGCCCACACUUUGUUUUAUAUUUUUUACAUUCCACCUUUAAUGUUUUUUUCUUUAUUCUUCACUUAAUGGUCCCUCAUGUCAACUCAGUAGAGUUAAAAUGGUCCCUCAUGUCAACUCAGUAGAGUUAAAAUGGUCCCUCAUGUCAACUCAGUAGAGUUAAAAUGGUCCCUCAUGUUAACAGUAUAGUUUAAGUAAGAAUAGAGGGAUAUUGAUUAAGGCCCUGUUUUAUGGGUAUAGAGUGUUGACAGAACAGUAAUGCAUACUCCAUUCAUGUGCAUUCUGAUUUAAACAUUCAUAAUCAAUAGCCAUCAUCAAACCCUUCCCCAAUAGCCUUCAUCAAACCCUUCCUCAACAGCCAUCAUCAGACCCUUCCUCAAUAGCCAUCAUCAAACCCUUCCUCAAUAGUCAUCAUCAAACCCUUCCUCAAUAGCCUUCAUCAAACCCUUCCUCAAUAGCCAUCAUCAAACCCUUCCUCAAUAGUCAUCAUCAAACCCUUUCUCAAUAGCCUUCAUCAAACCCUUCCUCAAUAGCCUUCAUCAAACCCUUCCUCAAUAGUCAUCAUCAGACCCAUCCUCAAUAGCCUUCAUCAAACCCUUCCUCAAUAGCCUUCAUCAAACCCUUCCCCAAUAGCCUUCAUCAAACUCUUCCUCAAAAGCCAUCAUCAGACCCUUCCUCAAUAGUCAUCAUCAAACCCUUCCUCAAUAGCCAUCAUCAGACCCAUCCUCAAUAGCCAUCAUCAAACCCUUCCUCAAUAGCCUUCAUCAAACCCUUCCUCAAUAGCCAUCAUCAGACCCAUCCUCAAUAGCCAUCAUCAAACCCUUCCUCAAUAGUCAUCAUCAAACCCUUCCUCAAUAGUCAUCAUCAAACCCUUCCUCAAUAGCCAUCAUCAGACCCAUCCUCAAUAGCCAUCAUCAAACCCUUCCUCAAUAGCCAUCAUCAAACCCUUCCUCAAUAGCCAUCAUCAGACCCUUCCUCAAUAGUCAUCAUCAAACCCUUCCUCAAUAGUCAUCAUCAAACCCUUCCUCAAUAGCCAUCAUCAGACCCAUCCUCAAUAGCCAUCAUCAAACCCUUCCUCAAUAGUUAUCAUCAAACCCUUCCUCAAUAGUCAUCAUCAAACCCUUCCUCAAUAGCCAUCAUCAGACCCGUCCUCAAUAGCCAUCAUCAGACCCAUCCUCAAUAGCCGUCAUCAAACCCUUCCUCAAUAGCCAUCAUCAAACCCUUCCUCAAUAGUUAUCAUCAAACCCAUCCUCAAUAGCCAUCAUCAAACCCUUCCUCAAUAGUCAUCAUCAAACCCUUCCUCAAUAGCCAUCAUCAAACUCUUCCUCAAUAGCCAUCAUCAAACCCAUCCUCAAUAGCAAUCAUCAGACCCCCCCCACACAGAUGUCUCCUUAUCUACUCCUAUAGGUUUCUGUUCCAUCCAUUCAAACACUGUGUUUCAUUGAAAUUAGGACAUUGGCCUAACCAACUGAUCUCCUGCCCUGUCAUUGGCCUAACCAGCUGAUCUUCUGCCCUGUCAUUGGCCUAACCAGCUAAUCUGAUGUCCCUUUCACUUAAUAACAGGUGGAUCAAUAGGCCUAACUGCUGCUCAUUGUGUCAGCCAUGCUUAAUGUGCGGCCUUCCUCUUCUAGUGCUCCUAUAGCCUGUUCUAAUGAAUGGCCCAUCCACCAAAGGUCUAAAUCCUAUUUCUGACCGCAUUACAUUGAUAUGGCUCCAUGUUGACAUGAUGUUAAUGGAAUAACGUUACUGAGGCCCAUUGAUUCAGGUCUCCUCUCCGCUAUACUCUUGCUCCCAUUACAAGACACUGUUGGCUCAGAGCCAAGGUUCAAAGGUCAUACACAAUCAAACUUGCUCUGAGGGACAUUUUAUUUGUUGAAGAGACAGAGAGGGGAGGACACACUGGAUCCAGGGAGGACUGUAGUAUAGUCCUUGAAUGCAUCACAAAUGGCACACUACCCUAUAUAGUGCACUACUUUAGACCAGAGCCUUGUGUUCCCUGGUCAAAACUAGUGAAAUAUAAAGGGGAUAGGGUGCCAUUUGAGACACCCAUUGUCUUCAUGGUGCAGUGAGAAUGCUUGGCAUGAGUUGAGGUAGGACUCUGAAAACUUUCUUCAUAUGAGAAACAGUCUAGUUAUGCUUGCCCAUACUCUCGCAGGUAAGGGCUACUUCAAAGCCAUCCUAUCCUCUUUGGAUUGUAAGACUGCUGAAUAUGCACCCUAUUCCCUACAGUGUACUACUUGUGACCAGGGCCCAUAGAGAAUAGGAGACCAUUUGGGUGGUAAGCCUAAAACGGCUGAGUGUGGAGGGACCCAGAGUGAAUAUGCACAUCCUUUCCCCUACAUACUACACAUUAAAUUCCCUCCAAUCAAAUGCAAAGUGGAACGUGUCUGUCACUGACUAUUGGCCAUUGAAAAGUAUAUAAAAAAAGAAGUGACAGUAUGGUACUUUUUUCAAGUUUUAAGAAAAUGUAUGCGCCUCUAAACCACCCAUUCUAAUUCAAAUACCCAGCCUCCGUCUCAAUUCAACAGUGUGCAACCAGUUCUGAAGGUUGAUUUAUAUCUCAAACCAGUGGAUGGUAUUAGUGGAGAUGAGGGCUUGUCCUUGCAUUUUACUGGUCCCUUAUUCACAUAGUGGCUUUUACCACCAAGGAAUUUACACCUAUUUUCAAUUAUCAUGCCUAUAUGGACAACGCCUCAACCUCCCCUUCUCUCCUUAUAGUGCAAUGUUUGUUGAAAGCAUUCAAAAUGGCCUUUGUAUAGAGCAGGAAAUUCUGAAUCUGAGUAAUGUCAAUGUUUCUCCCUGUAACGGUUGGAGUAAAGGAGACUGGGGCAGUUGCCCUCUGUUACAUUUACAGUCCCACUAAUGCAUUGGAAUUAUGGUGUUAUUCAUGUUACUAAGAGAGUAGGGUUGCAUCCCAAAUGUCACUCUAUUCCUUAUUUAGUGCACUACUUUUGACCAAGGCCUACAGGGCUCUGGUCAAAAAUAGUGCACUUUAUAGUAAAUAGGAUCUGUCUGAAAUGAAACCCUAUCUCAAAAGCUUGCACUCAUGGUCACGAUCCAUGCUGCUGCAUCUGUUCUGGUUGAGUUUUAUUCAACCCUUUUAGAGAUCUACAAAAUAUAAUGCUAGUGUUGUUUGUCUUUCCCACCCCAUCUGCAUAUAAUAUGGUUAAUAUUUAGAGGUUUAGCAGAUUCUGUAUGUUUAAAAAUGAAAAAGAAAAUGUACAUCAAGUAUUUUGUGGUAUCAUUUACAUCAAAGGAAUUUUACACAGUGAAAGAGCAAAAUGGAAGAAAUGUUUUUAAAUAAUGAAAUGCUGAACAUUCAUACUAUUUCUUUGUAUGAAGAAAUAAAGUAUAUAUUUUACCAAAA